AAAAUAUAUUUCUCUAAAUUACAGCUCCUCACUUCAUUAAAUCCAACAAAUGCUAUCCGUUCGCUCCGAUUUGUUUGAGAACAACCCGCAAAUGGACUACAGCGAUAUGAACUUCAAGUUUCAAGUGGGCUCGCGCCAGGGCUCACGACUAAUCGCCUGCGAGGACAAUCAGUUGUAUUGCAAGAACAAGAAGCUCAUCAACGGGGACACAACCUACACGUGCCGCAUCAAAAGCUGCAAGGCGCGAGUUUACCUCUCGGAGGACGAAACGCGCGUCUUCUCCUGCGAGGAUCAUCUAAAACAUAGCCAUGGUGCCCAGGACAUCGAGUUGAAGCGAAUCAAUGUGAUCGAAGAAAUCAAAAACAGGUGCAAGCAGCUCACCGACAGAAAAACCGAUUUGAAACAAGUUUUCGACGAAGUUAUGGCCGAAUUCUUUCCGGAAGGAGAUGAAAUUGAAAUUUCCUAUGAUAACUGCAAACGAACAUUGCAGCGCAAAAGAAAGGAAUUUGCAACAAUGGAUUUUCGAAAGAAACGCCCAAAGAAACGCUGUGACCAGGAGCCAAGCCAAGAAAUAAUAGAAAUAAAACAAGAGCCGGAACUUAUUUUAUAAGCAAGACUUUCAGAAUGCUGAUAAUGACUUCUAAGAAGUUGCCAAACCAAAAUGUAUUUAUUUACAUAUAAGUCUGAGUUAAAGCUAACUUGUUUCUUAUUAAAACAAAUAAGAAAUGAAAACUAUGAAAUAUUUUAUAUUCUUUAAAAUUAAUAAAAAAUAAUGUAUUCUAAACGUUAUGAAGAAUCUCAGAUGUUGAU